CUCUCAUAGGAAGACGACGAGAAAAUGGACAUUAUGCGUCGCGCAUUUCAAAUGUUUGACACGCAAAAGACUGGCUUCAUUGAAACCCUGCGCCUCAAAACCAUCCUCAACAGUAUGGGUCAAAUGUUCGAGGAGAGUGAAUUACAGGAGUUAAUCGAUGAAAAUGACCCUGAGAAUACGGGUAAAGUAAAUUUUGAUGGCUUUUGUAAUAUUGCUGCCCAUUUCCUCGAGGAAGAAGAUGCCGAGGCUAUACAAAAAGAAUUGAAGGAAGCAUUUCGCCUGUACGAUCGUGAGGGUAAUGGUUAUAUUACCACUUCUACACUGAAAGAAAUCUUAGCUGCUUUGGAUGACAAACUGUCGUCGAGUGAUUUGGAUGGUAUUAUAGCGGAAAUUGAUACCGACGGAUCGGGAACUGUUGACUUCGAUGAGUUCAUGGAAAUGAUGACUGGCGAUUAG